UACAAAGAAUGAACAGAAGAAUGUGAUGUUUACUUCUUUCUUACUGCGUGCAGCGAGCGCACUGUUCUCCAAUGGCGAUUAGAAUAAGGACACCGAUUGAUCCAAACGAGCCAGGAGUGCUUGCUAUACUGCAAGAUGGCGCUUUCUUCCGACUCGUCAAACUGAGAGACAACGCCUCUUUUCAACUAGAGCCUCUUGCUCAAUCAUCGACCUCUCAUAUUACUAAACUGGAAGAGGAGAACAAACGUUUGAAGGGUUUGCUACGUGAGACUGAACAUCGUCUGAAUCAAGAGAAACGUAAUGCUCAAGGUGGUCGCAUAAAGAAUCCUCUUCAACUACGCAGUCGCUGCAACUCUCAUCCUGAUAUUUUGCAUGGAAACUACACUGACAGCUUAUUGGGACAGGAAAUGUCUGUCAGCUGUUGUAUGGACACUCCAACUCCUUCUGAGCAAUCUGAUGACACGGAAUAUUCUGAGAACUGUCCAUUGACUCCUAUUAGUGUUGCUUCUGACGGACCUCCAUCAGACGAUGAGUGCUUUCUUCUUUCAUGUACUCUUUGCCUCAAGAAAAUGAGUGUUGGAGAACUAGAGAGCCAUUCUCGUGUCUGUUCAGCAACAAUAUCAUCUCCAACAAAUAUGACAAGGCCAUCCGAUUCACUACUCAUUGCUGUCUCUAAAGUCUCAUCACAACAACUACUUAGGGUCACAACAAGGACAAGUCGUAGCGACUUUCCCCAGCAGCAGUGCGAUGUGGUUCGUGGUGCAGAAGACAUCCAGCUGCUACAUGAUUCUCUUUUGGAAGAAUGUCCGAACUGUGUUAUUCCUCCUAUUGUCAGACAGUCACACUCUCAUUUCUCACAGCAGACUGAGUUUCAGAGGUUUCUAGCAAGAGUUGCGGCACAUGAGACUUUGAAAUCUCACGAUUUACUGAGAAAGUUUCUUACUGCCUCUGAUCAUGGCAUGGCUUGUUGGAGGGAAGAAUUCUUUGCUAAACAGCAGAUGAAUCGUGUACAAGCUAGAGCAAGAAGACCAGCACAACAAAACAAUGAAGAUGGAGCUCUACAACAUGCAAAAGAAUACCUCAGCAGUCUUGAAUCAAACUUACGUGGUUUGGCUAAGCAUUUACAGAAACAAAGGGCUGUUGGUCAGAAAGAUUCUGCUUCACAUUGGUUUCAAGCAAUUGCAAAAGGCGAACCGAGGACAACAUACUUACGAACUGUUUGCCAUGGAUUAGCAAGAGUUUGUGAUGAUAUAUGCAAACAGCAGGAUGACGUAGAUGAACAGUCUGUUGUGCAGGAUCUGUAUAGCAUAAUAGAAUACGUGCACAGUGCACAGGCGUUGCUUGCGAGAGUUCACAUGACAAUUGAUGAGUAUUUAUAUUGGGAUGAAGAAGUCAAGGUGUUUGAGAUGGCGGGAGUUGAGUGUCCUGUUGAAUAUGAGUUGCAGCGUACUGACAGUGUGAGCAGCGUGAGUAGCAACAGCAGUACAACAAGCAUGGGUGAUGUGAAGAAAGUGAACACUCUUGGUCAAACAUCGUCAUCUGGCACACUGCGGUGGGCUGAGGCUAAUGCAUCGUGUGUAAGUGCAAAGGAUCGAGUUGAGAUGAUGUGCAAUGGGCUUGCAAACGAGCUCGCUCAUUUCGAUUUGAGAAAGGAGACUGAACUUAAGCAAUUCCUACUUGAGUUUGCAGACAACAAACUAGAAGUUUGUGAUAAGAUGCAGAGCAAAUGGCAGGCAGGCCGCAUGUUGCUCAACUCUCCAAUUGAGCCACCACAACGUGCUAUCCAACUGGAUAUUGAUAUUGACGAGAACGGAGGCUCAGGAUGGUGAUGUUUUAGACAAGAGGAUCUUUAGAUUUUGUAGCACAGACAGACGUCAGUAUGAGAUAAAAUGUGAAGAUUUAUCGUUUGUACUCAAGUAUUCUUUUCUUGCCUGAUUAUUGUCUCAUAAGCUGCUGUGUUUCUAGUAAUAUGUAUCGUAUAUCUAGCAGGGCUAUUAAAGUAUUGAUACUUGAUAACAAUUCCCUACUGUGUUGGUAUUAUGUCAAUUAGUGCUACAACUAACAAUUUUUAUAUAAAUAUUAAAUACUAAUUUUUUACAAUUUUUAUUCUAGAAAUUGUUGUAAUUGAUAGUUCUCUUUUUGUGGGCGUCGUUAGCUAGUUUAUUUGUAACAUGCCACAUGCGAUUAUCCGGGA